GGAUCAACGAUCAUACAGUCAAAAAUUAUGAAAGGGCUAAUCUCUACUAAUCCAUCCAAAAGAUUGGUCACAGAAGUUUUUCCGUCUAUGAAAAGAGACCUUAUCACGGAAGUAGCUUAGAAUCAUGAGCUUAUUGUUUCUCUUGGGGAAGUAUGGCUUAUGAAGAACUUUGGCAACAGGCUUAGAAGAAGGAAUUUUACAAGUUUCAGAAUGAGAUUAGCAGCACGACUUCUGAUGUUGAUGAGGGAAGGUUGUGGAAAUGAAAACAUGGCAUAUGCUUCAAUGAAUGAUUUGUUGGUUCCAUCUCAAUUUGACCUAGCUGACGAAUGUGCAAUUAAGGCAUGCAAGCAAAGUAUUGAUGAUGAUCUCCUGAACCCCAGCACAGCAAUCAAGUUGGGGUAUGACUUGGCACGACUGGCUUCUGCCAAACUUGGAUUCUGCAUUAAAAGUCAGAAUGAAACGGGAAAACAAGAGGCUUUGGAUUUUAAACGCCUCAUUCAGAUGGAAUGGUCAGUGGAAGUUAAAAAAAGUGCAGGUGUCCUCUUAGAUAAAAGACAUUUCAACAAAGAGAAGUCCUUGCCCUUGCCUGAAGAUAUAGUACAGUUCGCAUCAUAUCUGGUGCACGCCCUGGAGGAAUUAGAUCUCUCUGAACCCAAUGCUCACCUGUUCAGGGAAGUUGUCAUCUUGACUGAAAGCAGGCUUCUUCUGUACAACAGACGGCGACCAGGAGAAUUAGAGAGCCUCAGUGGCAUCAACUUCAUCGUCGUUGCUUAUGUCAGAAUAAUGAUGGAAAUCAGCGUUGUGUACCUCCAGGCCCAUGAACAGCAGUGA